AUGUCUGGAUUUACCAAUUGGAUUAAGCGUUAUUAUUCAUGUCGAUGGAGAUUAUGUUAUACCUGUACUGUUGCUUUGACUUUGAUGCAAACAUUAAAAGUUGAUUUAAGUAUGGCUCUUGUGUGUUUGUUGAAAACACCCAAUCGUACAAAUGUGGAAGUUAACAAUACUACAAACAAGCAACAUUGUUCCGGUUCAGAUAAUUAUUCAAUAAAUCAAAAUUUUGAAGGAGAGUUCGAAUGGAGUGACGCAUUACAAUCGAACAUCCUGACUGGGUUCUUCUACGGAUAUAUGGCAACUAAUUUUAUUGGCGGUUUAUUGGCAGACAAAUACGGUGCGAAACGAGUUCUAGGGGGUUCAAUUCUCUCAGCAUCCAUUCUUACAAUUUUAUACCCAAGUUUGUCUCGAAUUAGUGGUUACUUUACGCUUGUACUAAGGAUAUUAACAGGCGCAGUUUCGGGACCCUUAUUCCCAGCAAUUCAGUCCUUAUUCGGACGUUGGGGUCCGUCAAAUGAAAUUUCUGUACUGAUUGGGUUUACAUUUGCUGGUCAGUUUCUAGGUAAUAUUUUAGGUCUUUCAACAGCAGGUUACCUCUGUGUAUAUGGAUUUGAUAAUGGAUGGGGUUCCAUAUUUUAUAUAUUUGGUGGAUUAUCGUUCCUGUUUAGUUGUUUGUGGUUUUAUGUGGUUUAUGAUAAUCCAGACGUCCAUCCCACUAUCAGCGAAGAAGAACGUUCUUACAUUAACAGAACUAUGAUAAGUGAAAAGGUUGUUAAAAAUGUACCUUGGAAACGGCUGCUUUCUUCACCGGCGGCUUGGGCCAUUUACUACAGUUUGCCCGCUUAUGCAUGGACGGAGUCAUUUGUUCAGGUGUUGCUACCUUUAUAUAUGAAAGAAGCCUUAAGCAUUAAUAUAAUAUCCAAUGGUUUAAUGUCGUCUGCCCCUUCGUUUGGUCUAAUGGUUGGUCUUCCUCUCUGUGGAAAAUUUGCAGAUUUUGUGCAUUCGAAGAAAUAUCUGUCAACUCGUUCUGUAAGAAUAUUAUUCCAGUCGUUUUCUAUGAUAAUUUCAGCAAGUUUAUUGAUUGCCACAGGAUUCCUCAAAUGUAACCAAACCAUUCUAAUAACUUCCCUCUUGUUUCUAAGUGGUAUAACUUUAUCAUUUGUCAGUGGUGGUGUUCUCGUCAAUAACAAUGACAUUGCUCCAAGUUAUGCUGGUAUUAUAUUUGGAAUUGCGAACACUCUAGCUUCAAUGGCUGGCAGUAUCAGUUCCUUAACUAGUAACGCUUUAACCCCAAACGGUACACUCGAAGAAUGGCAAAUCGUGUUUGCAUUAUGUGCUGCUAUAUGUGUAUCUGGAGCAAUAAUCUUUGCAAUACUGGCAAGAGGAGAAAUCCAAGAAUGGGCAAGACCACAAGAACCCGGAUCAUGCGGUAAUGCGGGUGGCGUGAAUAUAAAUAAAAUUGUUCGAUAA